AAUCAGGAUAUUUGGAGAGAGAAGGAAAGUAACACGUUGGUGCAACAUUGUAUGAUUUUUCGGGAACAUAAAUAGCAUCUUAUUCCGAGCAACAUUGAUGAAAGCAACGUAUAUAUAUAUUUUUCCUUACAGGUUGCAGCAAUCAGGGUGGUAGAGAUGUUACUGGCCACAGGAUGUGGAGAUGAGGAAAUCAUCUGAAGGACCGUUCCUCUUUCGCCCUGCUGCGAGUGGUUGGAGGUAACAGAGACCGAUCGUCAGGCAACACCCAUUUCUGGAGGCGAGGCGAGGCAAACUCAGAAAGGAUGGCGUCACGGGAAGGGGGGGAGCCUCCUCCUAACGGCAGCCAAUCAGACAGCCGGUUGAAGAGCAAGAAGCCGCCCAGUCUGGUCAUAGCCAUCCCUGCCCCAGAGGAAGAAGAGAGGGUCGAAGAGGGAGCUGAAACGGUCAAGCAGCCCCUGCGUCCGUCCCUGAAGAAGAGUGAGAGCCUGCAGCAGGCCAGUCCUCUGUCUGACAGUGGUACUGAUGGUGGUGGUGGAGGAGGUCACAGUGUUGGGGACAGGAGGGCAGCCUUCCACAGACAGAACUCCCUGUCUCAGAGCAUACGCAAGGGUACAGCCCAAGCUACAGCCCAGGCAGCAGGUUGGUUCGGGGUGGGGGAGGACUGUGAGACCAAGCAGCAGCUAUGGCAGAAGAAGAGCCUGCGCCACUGCAGCCAGCGCUACGGCAAGCUCAAGGCCCAGUACAGAGAGCCGGAGCUCCCCAUCAGCAUGGACCAGGGCCUGGACUCACCCGCCGCAAACAAGAUGCCCAAGAUUGUGGACCCCCUAGCUCGGGGGCGUGCGUUCCGUUACCCGGAUGAGACGGACCGACCUCCCCGUACCCCCUACACGGGACCCGUCACCCCGGGGUUUACCUCCCUCUCCUCCUUCACCUCCCAGCGCUCCGGGGGCUACGCCCGUUUGCCCCAACGCAAGAGGGAGUCUGUCGCCCGCAUGAGUAUACGAGCAGCAUCCAACCUCCUCAGGGGUCGUUCAGGUCUAGUGGGCUCCCAGACCGGUCGUAGUUUCCCCCGACGGAGCUUCGCCCGGCCCAGCUGGCUGGAGGAGGACACCGUGGACUCUGCAGACACUCACGGGUCCGUCUUCUUCAGCAAGAUGGAUGCCCAUGAGGAGUUGUACUCCAUGGCUGAUGAUGUGUUCGAGUCGCCCCCUAUGUCGGCUUCCUACGGAGACCACCAUGAGCCCUACCAGAGCCUUAGGGACGUGUCUAAAACCCCCACCAUGCAUAUUGAGAAGGCCGGGUCGCAGCAGCGGGGGCGUCGUAUCGCCUCCCAGGUCAAGCACUUUGCCUUUGACAAGCCCAAGCGGCAGUACGGCAUGGGCGUGGUGGGCAAGUGGCUCAACCGUCACUACCGCCGCAGCAUCAGCAGCCAGGUGCAGAAACAGCUGGACGACUUCAGCAGCCACAGACCGUACUUCACCUACUGGAUCACCUUUGUCCACGUGGUCAUCACCAUCCUGGCCUGUGCUACCUAUGGCUUUGCCCCUGUGGGGUUCGCCCAACACUCCACCUCUGAACUGGUGUUGAAGAACAAAGGCAUCUAUGAGAGUGUCAAGUUCAUCCAGCAGGAGAACUUCUGGAUCGGCCCCGGCUCUGAGGACCUAAUCCACCUUGGAGCCAAGUUCUCCCCGUGUAUCCGCAAGGACAGCCAGAUAGUCAGUCUCAUCCAGAAAGCCAAGGACCAGGAGAGAGAGUCAGGCUGCUGUGUACAGAACGACAACUCAGGCUGUGUCCAGACCCUCAGCAACGACUGCUCGGAGUCAUUGGCCACCUUCAUGAAAUGGAGGGAUGAAGAUGUGGACAUUCUGAGGUCGUCAGGCUCUGUGUGUCACCAGGACCCCAGGACCUGUGAAGAGCCCGCCUCCGCCGAGCCUCACAUCUGGCCCGAUGACAUCACACAUUGGCCGAUCUGCACCUCCCCCCGCAAGACGAACCUGACAGGCUACAGACACAUGGACUGUAACCUCAAGGGACGACCCUGCUGCAUAGGCACUAAGGGCCGGUGUGAGAUCACUACGAGAGAGUACUGCUCCUUCAUGCACGGUUACUUCCACGAGGAGGCCACCCUCUGCUCCCAGAUCCACUGUCUGGAUGAUGUGUGUGGCCUCCUGCCCUUCCUCAACCCUGACGUCCCCGACCAGGUCUACAGGCUGUGGCUCUCCUUGUUCCUACACGCAGGCCUAGUCCACUGCCUGGUGUCCAUAGUGUUCCAGAUGACUAUCCUGAGAGACCUGGAGAAACUGGCUGGCUGGGUCCGCAUCUCCAUCAUCUACGUCCUCUCUGGCAUCACCGGCAACCUGGCCAGCGCCCUCUUCCUCCCCUACAGAGCCGAGGUUGGCCCAGCUGGCUCCCAGUUCGGGCUGCUUGCCUGCCUGUUUGUGGAGCUCAUCCAGGGCUGGCAGAUGCUGGAGAAGCCGUGGAAGGCCUUCCUCAAGCUGGUGGGCAUCGUCUUCUUCCUGUUCCUGUGUGGCUUGCUGCCCUGGAUCGACAACAUCGCCCACAUCUUCGGCUUCCUCAGCGGCCUGUUGCUCUCCUUCUCCUUCCUGCCCUACGUGACGUUCGGCGACUUCGACAAGUACCGAAAGCGUGUCCUCAUCCUGCUAUCGCUGCUGGUCUACUUGGGCCUGCUCUCCUCGCUGGUCGUCUGGUUCUAUUUCUACCCCAUCAACUGGCACUGGCUGGAGCACCUCACCUGCCUGCCCUUCACCAGCAAGUUCUGUGAGAAGUACGACAUCGACCAUGUGGUGCACUAGGCUAAAGCACUCACUAAAGCGCUAACAGCUAAUGCUAGCUGGCUUUAGAACCUGGACAGGAAGCGCAGUGGAAAAUACUUUUAAGGGAAACGGAACUUAAAGGGAGAGCGCACCUGGUUCAUAUGCCCGUAAGCACCUAGGGUAUCUACGCACAUUGCCUUCAAGACUGUACAGCUAUGCUAGUUCCUCUGGAGAGAACGACUCGGUCUGAGCGUGGUGUUAAAGUGGACUUGGAAGACGACAGAGGAUAUCCUACCCUGUCAGUUCAUAAACUGUCACGUUAAUACUACAGAGGCCUCUUAUUUGUUAAUUUUUGUACUCAUUUUCUACAACACUGGAUGUAUCUUAACACUACGUGAUAUAGCAUUUCAUUAUGUUCCGAUACUUUGAAUUAGCUGUUCAUGGGAGCAUUUCACUAUGCUAUUGAAUACAAGUCAUACAGUUUGUCACUGGCUGGAGCAUUGUUUAAACUUGAACCUUGUUUUGUGUGCUUUUCAUGAAUUUUCCUUGGCACUUUUUUGGGGGGGGACCAGUUAAGUGUUAAGAAUUCCAUCCAAUAGCAGUUGCCUUUCACAAUGAAUUAUACCGUACAGACAGUGUCAAUAAAAUUGUGUUAUUGUAUCUGUAAAUGAUGCUUGUUCUUCAUCUGAAGGAUUGCUCUGACCUUCCAAAUCCUGCCUUCCAAAUCUGCCUAGUUUAUUUAUGGCAACAGCCACAGGUGCUUGAUAAAUAUACAUCUAACUAAUUCCAAUUGAACUGUGUCACUGCCCCAAAGACAAGCUGUUAGCCUUAUGGAAGGCUUUUCAGUUUAAGUGCACUACUAAUUAAACACGUUGACUUGUUUCACUGGACAUUGUGUUAUAGCUUUGAUACUCAAACGUUAAUUAAACGAAAUAUUGUAAGAUUAUAGGAUCUGACUGACCUUCCGAAAGGCAGUAUGUGAUCUGAUUGAGCAAGGUAGAAAGUCCAUGUUGUUUCACUUCAAACUACAAUGUGCUUGCACUAUAUCUCUACAUAUAUAUAUAUAUAUAUAGUAAUUAUAGCACUUCAGUGCUGUCAAAGCAAAUUACUUAUCAAUGUAUUAUGUGUAUAUAUUUAAAAAGCGAACGAGAAUCCAUGUACUGUGUGCCUUGAUCAGUGGCCAUUGAUUCAAGAAAGGCUGCUAGUCACUCUUUUCAUUAUAGAUAUCAAAAUGGCCAACCAAGUUUCUGCCAACCUGGCCUGCUCCUGGUCUCUUAGAUUAUGACCCUCUCCUCUGGCAGCUGUCCACUCUUCACUGCUUAGGACGUAUCCUGAGAGGUGGAUUACUGCAGUGAUGUGGAUUAUUUACUAUGCUUUGUUAAGUCACUUUACACACCAACAGUCAACUGGUGGCGUUAAUGGCCGAACUAUGUCAAUAACGUGCAAUUCUUCCCAGGUGUUGGUUGGACGAUCGUUGAGUACUGUUUUACGUUGUCUUGUCAUUUUGAGCAUUUAAAUGGUUGUGACCCUGUAAUUUGCAAGGAAUCUGUCCCGCUUUUCUUUUUUCUUUGAACACUUUAGCACAGUCUGGUCCUCUUCAUAGGAAUUCACAGUGCCUUCUGAAAUGUGUGUAAUCCUUGAAUUUGAGUGUCUGUAAAUCGGCAAGCAUAAAUGCAUAAGUCUGUAAAUGCAUUUGGACCAAAUUGAUGAGUUAUUUAUUUGGAAUUUGCUCUUUUACUGAGAUAUUGUGAUCUUAUUGCUGUAGUUUUUAAAAAAGAUAAUAGCCUUACGUGUAUGUACAAAUUCACACAAUGUUCUUAAAAAUAAAUGUAAUAAUGUUUUC